CCUACUUGUGCCGAGAGCCUAGCUACAUUUACAACAAGUCUUAGGGAAGCAUUUCAGGUCCCAUCAAUUUAACUGCCAGCCACAGUAAAGUGGAGGAUUCUUCUCAGCAUUAUGAGCAGCAUGUUUCAGGAGAUUGUUGCCUUUUUUUUCUCUACUGCUGGUUGGAUACUGGAGUCUUCUACCUUGCCGACUGACUACUGGAAGGUGUCUUCAGAUGAUGGAUCAGUCAUUACCACAGCUUCCUACUGGGCAAAUCUUUGGAAGACCUGUGUGACUGAUUCAACAGGAGUAUCCAAUUGCAAAGAAUUUAUCUCGAUGCUGGCACUGGAUGGUUACCUCAUAGCUUGCAGGGCACUCAUGAUUUCCGCCGUCAUUCUGGGCUUUUUUGGCUCUAUAUUUGCCCUUGUGGGAAUGAAGUGCACAAAAAUUGGAGGAUCUGACAAAAACAAAGCGAGGAUUGCCUGUUUUGCCGGUGUGCAUUUCAUUCUUAGUGGCCUGUGCUCACUCUCAUCCUGCUCCAUCUAUGCGCACCGGAUAACAUCAGAAUUUUUUGAUCCAAUGUUUAUCGCGCAAAAGUAUGAACUUGGAGCUGCUCUCUUUAUUGGCUGGGGUGGAUCUGUUCUCUGUAUUCUCGGGGGCACCAUGUUAUGCUUCUCCAUUGCAGGUUCUUUUACCAGUAGCAAAAGAGAGGUAAACUAUAUCUACAGAGGCGCUGCCUCACAUUCUCGUAUCUCCUCCUACCCAAAAGGGCAGGCGAAGUCUGUAAAUCAGAGGCUAACUCCAGACAACAGCACCUCCUCCAGGAUCCAGCACUUUGAUAAGAAUGUUUAUGUGUGACAAAUGUGAAUACACUUUUGGUUAAAGCCACGGGUGGGUACUAGAAGAUAUAUUAAUUGUUAAUUAUAGCACAGUCUAUGUGACUUUGUGGUGUUGGUCAAACAACAGCUGAAUGUACUGAUAUUGAUUCAUAUCUCACCAGGAAAUCAGUGUCAAAUCCUUACAUGUUUUUUGAAGCUGGAUCUUUUUUUCUUUUUUUUUUAUGAUACAGUUUACUCUCUGGACUUGGGGGGGAUCAAUAAAUCAAAAACAUUUGGCCCACAACAGAGAUUUCUAAUCAAAUUCUUGCAUAAUUUUCUAUUUUUGGAGCUUUUUUAUGGCGAUGAGCACAUUCUCUUUAUGUACAAAAUUGGUUUUGUUGGUUAUGUCUUUAGCUGUAUGUAGCUUCUGCGUGUCUGUCAUUAAUCUGUAAUGACCGUAAUUAAAAUUAUGACAGACACCCAUUUAUCUUGUUGAAUAUGACGUAACCAUAAACAACUUUUGUAAUGUACAAACUUGUA